AAAACCCUGCGCCUGUAUAUUAAUAAACGUGGUCGUCGGCCUAGGUGUUCCUGUGUAUCAGUUUCGCAUUAAACAGGAAACCACAAUUGCGUAUACAUUAUAAUUUCAAUUAGUUCAAAGUCAUAGUGGUGAUAUAUACAGAAUUAAUUAAGGCUUACUGAGGAAGUAGAGCCCUAAAAUAACAAUGCCAUACGAGAAAGUAAACCUUCUCACCUCAUAACUUUUUAACUCAGAUCACUCAGUCUUACUAAGAGUCGGCGCAUGGAGGCAUGGUUGUGUAAGGCUCAAGAGUGCAAGGAAAUGUUGGCCUAGGCAUCUUCAGAAUAAAUUUGCAGGCAGGAAAUUAAAACCUCUCUUUGCCUGUUCACAAGCAUGCCCGCAUCUUGAAACUAGACGUCAGAAUACGUCGUCAUUAAAAUCUCUCCUCACCUUUCACCUAGUCAAAACGCAUGGAAAAUGAAACUGAAGCGUAUUCCUUUUUUUUCGGACGUAAUGUGUGACUCGUACCGUCUCCUCAGUUUUUUUUAGUAUAUGGCCGAAAAUUUGCACUUUACCUUAGCAAUAUGUAAAUAUGACGAGAGCUAACGGGAUAAUUUAUUAAUGGAAGAUGAUGUACUGCUUACUGUUCUACUUUGUAUGCUCUUAGGAGGGACAUUACCGGCAUUGAAACCAAGUAGUUUUAUAUGGCUCAUCAACAAAUGUGCAUCGUUGCCACCCUUUUUCUGCUGUUUCUCAUGCUUGGCGAACUCACUUCCCAGCAAUGUGGAACUGACUAUUACUCCGUAUAUCAAGCAAUGCUGAAAGGCCACACCUUCAAGAGGUUGAAGGUUCGACCGAAAUCAAUUGAUUGCAGACUAGAGUGCAGUGUAGAUGUAAGGUGUCAAAGCUAUAACUACGUCAUCAACGAACACAUAUGUGAACUUAAUAACCGAACAAAGGAAGCCAGACCGGAGCAUUUUGUCAUGGAUAACGAUAGGUAUUACAUGAACAAAGGGCAGAAAAGAGUUCCCCUAGGGUCUAUUCCCGAGCUGCCUGGUGAUACAUGCACAGAGAUUAAGGCGAGUGAGGGUGUUCAAGCGGCCAGCGGUCAUUACUGGUUGGAUACCGCAAAAUCGGGGGUUUCCAUUCUAACUGAAUGUGACAUGAAAACGGAGAUUGCUGACUACUGCAUCAGGCAUCACUGCUUAAACAAUGCAACUUGCGUGAAUCGCCACGUGAACUACGCGUGUGCAUGCAAAGCGGGGUGGACUGGACACUAUUGUGGGCAAGAUAUCAACGAAUGUAAAGUAGGUCGUAGUUGUCAUAGUAACGCCACGUGCUUGAAUAUCAAGGGUUCGUACCACUGUUAUUGCAAACAAGGUUUCUUUGGGGAUGGAAGAAACAGUUGCAGAGACGUGAACGAAUGUAUGGAUCCAAAUUCCUGCCCAGUGCAAUCUACUUGCGUUAAUUCCUUUGGUUCUUAUCGCUGUGUCUGUUCGAAUGGUUGGAGGAACAUGGAUCGCCAUACUUGUGUGGACAUAAAUGAAUGCUACACAGGAUCACACAGCUGCCCUUACAACUCACGGUGUGCCAACACAAGAGGGUCAUACCGAUGUAACUGCCUGUCUGGUUGGCGUAACAGGGGACUUCGUUCUUGUGUUGAUGUUGACGAAUGCUCGGCAGGUUCACACAGGUGCUCGGGUUACGGUUCACGAUGUAUUAACACCCAGGGCUCAUACCGAUGCAACUGUGUAUCAGGUUGGAGAAAACAAGGUUAUUAUUCGUGUGUUGACAUUAAUGAAUGUUCCGAAGGACGGUACAGCUGCCCUGCCAACUCUUACUGCGUUAACACACAAGGCUCCUACCGAUGCAACUGCAACCGCUGUUUUCACAAAUCUGGAAGCAGUUGUAAUAAUGAUUGUCGCCAAGAAACUCGUUACUACUACGUCACUACUUAUACUACUUAUAAAUCUUAUUACUCGACAAGCUGCGGCUUUAUGGGAUUGGACAGAUGCAGAAAAUCAAGUACUCCGGUGACAAAAGGAACAGUUACUUCUGAAGUGUUAAAGUUUCCGAGGCAGUUAAGACCGUCGAAGACCGAAAUAGACCACCAAAACAAACCGUCCGUAUUGCAUGUUUUAUCUUCUCCCGCAGACGUGAACGAAUGUAUGGAUCCAAAUUCCUGCCCAGUGCAAUCUACUUGCGUUAAUUCCUUUGGUUCUUAUCGCUGUGUCUGUUCGAAUGGUUGGAGGAACAUGGAUCGCCAUACUUGUGUGGACAUAAAUGAAUGCUACACAGGAUCACACAGCUGCCCUUACAACUCACGGUGUGCCAACACAAGAGGGUCAUACCGAUGUAACUGCCUGUCUGGUUGGCGUAACAGGGGACUUCGUUCUUGUGUUGAUGUUGACGAAUGCUCGGCAGGUUCACACAGGUGCUCGGGUUACGGUUCACGAUGUAUUAACACCCAGGGCUCAUACCGAUGCAACUGUGUAUCAGGUUGGAGAAAACAAGGUUAUUAUUCGUGUGUUGACAUUAAUGAAUGUUCCGAAGGACGGUACAGCUGCCCUGCCAACUCUUACUGCGUUAACACACAAGGCUCCUACCGAUGCAACUGCAACCGCUGUUUUCACAAAUCUGGAAGCAGUUGUAAUAAUGAUUGUCGCCAAGAAACUCGUUACUACUACGUCACUACUUAUACUACUUAUAAAUCUUAUUACUCGACAAGCUGCGGCUUUAUGGGAUUGGACAGAUGCAGAAAAUCAAGGUAAGCAUGUUGUGUGAUGUACUAUCUCGAUUAUGCACGACAAUCAAGGCCAUUUACGUGUUGUUGUUUUCUCUACCAUUUCAUCGAAUACAGGUCGUUUUCACUGGUUACUGGACGUUCUUAAAACAAAAAACGUUGCAUGAACAUACCGUUUCAUGACAUUAAAGGCUAAUUUCAAAAAUUGGCGUUAAUUUGAGUGAAGUUGUUUUCUUGAAAAGGGGAC